CUUCACCAACAAACCCCUGACCCUUCAAAGCAAAGCAAUCGAAUCUCACCCUUCUCUCACAUAAUUACCAGGUAUUAACCGUCAACAGUGAAGCCGAAAUCGAAGAAAGAGAAAAUGGCCUCAAUCGACACCUCCCUACUUCCCCAACCAACAGGCGCCGCAGCAGAGCUGGCGGCCCGCCACGCCGCCCCGCGGCCGCUCAAGCUCUACGGCGGCUGGUUCUGCCCCUUCGUGCAGCGCGCCUGGAUCGUGCUCGUCGAGAAGAAGAUCCCGCACCAGUACGUCGAAGUGAACCCUUACAAGAAGGAAGGCGAGCUGCUCGCGCUCAACCCGCGGGGCUUGGUGCCCACGCUGAGUGUGGCUCAUGCGGACGGCGGGGAGAAGCGCGCGCUGUACGAGAGCACCGUCAUCUGCGAGUACCUGGACGAGGCGUUCGCGGAUGAGGACCCGUACGGGCCGAGGCUGCUGCCCUCUGAGCGUCGUGAAGACGUGUUUGAGCGGGCGCGGUGCCGGCUGUGGAUCAACCACAUCGUGACCAAGAUCGUGCCGGUGUUCUAUCGGCUCCUGCAGCACACGCCUGAGAAGGAGUAUCCGAUUGAGGAGGCGCGUGCCGACUUUCUCAAGGGCCUGAGGGACUUUGCGCAGGAGAUGCUCGACUCGGCUGGGGAGACAUUGGGGGCUGCUGACGGGCCCUGGUUUCUGGGGUCCCGGUUCAGCAUGGUGGAUGUGAUGCUUGCUCCCUGGGCUAAGAGGCUGUUUUUGAUUGAUCAUUACAAGCCUGGUGGGGUGGGCAUUCCGAAAAAGGGAGAGAGGGGAGAGAAUGAGGAAGUGUGGGCGCGAUGGGAGCGUUGGUUUGAGGCAGUCGUGAAUAGGGAGAGUGUCAAGGCGACGUGGAGUGAUGAUGAGAAAUACAUUGAGGCGUAUAAGCGGUAUGCCGAGGACACGACACAAUCCCAGGUUGGACAGGCCACCAGGCAAGGGAGGAGUUUGCCUUGAGAAAAAGCUUGUAUUGGCUGGUAGCGGCCCUGGCUUGACUGCGUUCAGGUAGAUGCCGAGGAAACAGAGACGUUUCCACCUCUUAAUUAGUCUGAUUUCCUUUGUUGUUUCGAGGUCCUUUUCUCGACUACCACACGGCCGUCUUCGAUGGCAGAUUCAGAGUGUCCCCGUUUCUCAAGUGUGAAGAUAUUUCAAACCACACUCUCGGGAUCGCUCGUCGUUCACCAGCUUCAGCUGCGUAGCAAUACAAAUUGAGACUGGAUGCAUGGAGGUAUACCUGGGCUACGACUCAUGUUAAAGACGACCGUUCCAUUUGCGAGUUGUCUCUAUAUCCAAGCUACCUGGCAUUCUUGACUUCUUCCCCACAAGGACCACAUUCAUCGUCUAGUUAGCUUGGCUAAAACAAGACUUUCAGC